GUACAGUCAAUGACCAAAGUGACUAUAGAGACUUAUAUUUGAAAUACGGACGGGAGUCAGGGCCAUUGACCAUUGAGGUCAAACAAAAACCUUGCUACGAUAUUAAUGACGACAUAAUUCGGAGUGUUGACCUGAUUAAUUGGUUAUAUAGAGAAUUUUACGGACAUCUGGUCUUUUCAGUAUAAGUUUUAGAAUGGGUUGUUGCGAUGGAUUUGCUCGUUGUGUCCUUGUGACAUUCAACAUACUUUUUGUUCUCACAGGCAUAUUUGUACUUGGUGUAGGAAUAUUUCUUAAAGUAAAUCCUAAUUUACUAAAUAUACAACAUGUAAUAGAACUGAACUCUGGAGACAAGUAUAUAUCUACUGCUGCCUACAUAUUAAUAGGGUUCGGUGUCUUUGUUUUGCUUGUCGGUCUGUUUGGUUUUAUUGGUGGAUGCAAACAGAUCAAAUUCUUUUUGGCACUGUAUAUGGGAUGCGUGGUUCUUGUGUUCCUUGGUGAAUUUUCUGCAGGAAUAAUUGCUGCCGUUUACAAAGGCAAAGUAGACGAUACGCUACAGAAUAUAUUAAAAGAAUCUCUGUUGGAGUAUGAUUCGAAAAAUCAAACGAGUGAAAUAAUAAAUAAAGGAUGGGACGGUAUACAGGGCUGGUUACAAUGUUGUGGAGUACACAACUUUACAGACUAUGCUGUCAUGAAAAUACCGCUUGCAGAUAACAAACUAGUUCCGGAUUCAUGCUGCGGAUCAAAUAAACAGGAAUGCCAAAAUGAAGCCAAGACAAAACCAAAAAAAUAUAAAAACUUGUAUUACGAGGGUUGUUAUGGAGAAAUGGAAAACCAGAUAAAGUCACACAUAACCCUUCUGAUAGGUUCUGGAGUAGGCGUAGCCAUGUUUCAGUUGCUUGGUAUAUUUUUGGCCUGUGCAGCAUGGAAGCGAAGUGGAGAUGAUGAUAUUAUUUAAUUUUAUCUACUUUUCUAUACAUUUUGGUUUUGGUGAGCUAUUUAGGGUACUGUAAUUGAUAUAUGCUGAAACAUGAAUGUAUACUUAGACUGUUAAACGUUAUUAUGAUAUUGAAUAAUCAUUUAAAUUUAUUACCAUUAUUUUGAAUUUCAGUUACUUGGUAUAUUUUUGGCAUGUGCCGCAUGGAAACGAAGUGACGACGAUUACACCAAAGCUUAAAUUUCAUGUUUUUUUUUAUGACAAAUUGGAUUUUCUUUAAAUUGUUGUUAAGUAAAUAUCAUAUAUAGUCUUUUAUAAAGAUAUGCAUGUACAUUGUUGGUUUGUAUGGUUUGAUAGUUGAAAAAAAAUUAUAUUGUUAUAUUUUUUCGUUGUAAGACAUUGAUUGUGAUCUGUUGACUUUUGUAAUUAAAAAUUACUAAUAUAUA